AAUAACACAUGGCAACAAGCUGUGUUGGACGCCUUUGAACCAAACACGGCAACGCGCGAAUUAAGACAGUUACAAUUUACACGGAAACAGACCAGAAUAUUUUCAAGAUGGCAAGACCUAUCACGCUGGUCACGGGCAACAAGAAGAAACUAGAGGAGUUUAUCUUGAUACUUGGGUCACAGUUCAAGGGUCAGUUAAUUGCUCAAGACAUUGACCUGCCAGAAUAUCAAGGAGAACCAGAAGAAAUAGUAAGAGCUAAAUGUGCUCUUGCAGCAGAACAUAUCAAAGGACCAGUGAUAGUAGAAGACACAAGUCUUUGUUUCAAUGCUCUUGGUGGCAUGCCAGGACCAUACAUCAAAUGGUUCCUGCAAAAAGUAGGCCCUUCAGGCUUGCACAAGAUGCUGAAUGGUUUUGAGGACAAGUCAGCCUAUGCCUUGUGUAUAUUUGGAUAUUCUAGUGGAGAGCCGGGUGCACCAGUGCAGCUCUUUUCUGGACGUUGUGAUGGGUUAAUAGUUUCACCAAGAGGGUCAACAGAUUUUGGAUGGGAUCCAUGCUUUCAACCAAGUGGAAUGAAAGAGACUUUUGCAGAGAUGCCAAAGGAGAUGAAAAACUCUGUAUCUCAUAGAGGGAAGGCCAUGGAAUCUCUGAAACAGUUUUUAAUAAAACUUUGAUGGGUGGUAUUGAGAUCUCAAGAAUCAUGUGAUUUUGCUAGAUGGCUUUUUCCUGUUAUUUAGUUUCUUUGGAAUUCUAACAAAUUUUUUUGCAAUUGAAAGCUGGAAAUACUCGUCUCAGAAUAGUUCAUCAUGCUGUACAUGUAAUUGUUUUUUCACAACUUUUGGCGCAUGUAAACAUAUUACUGUUGGAUAUUAAAAUGCACAGUCCUCAAAAGCUGCAGGUGGAUUUUUAUUAAAUGGUUAAAUUU